GAAGCUGCAGAAAGGGAAAAUGUCAUGAGUGAUCCCAAGGCCAUCAUGCCUGCAGCAUUUGUUUCUUUUAAAUCCCGAUGGGGAGCAGCUGUUUGUGCUCAAACUCAACAAACUAGUAAUCCUACUCUUUGGCUAACAGAAUGGGCUCCUGAACCGCGUGACGUAUAUUGGGACAAUCUUGCAAUACCGUUUGUUGAACUCAAUGUCCGAAGAUUGUUAAUGGCAGUUGCUCUAUUCUUUCUCACAUUUUUUUUCAUGAUCCCAAUUGCAUUUGUACAGUCCUUAGCAAGCAUAGAUGGCAUCGAAAAAGUUCUUCCAUUUCUGAAGCCAUUGAUAGAAGCAAAAGGUAUUAAGUCUAUCAUUCAAGGUUUUCUUCCUGGCAUUGCACUGAAGAUAUUUCUGAUUCUUCUCCCAACUAUUCUGAUGAUAAUGUCCAAGAUAGAAGGUUUUACAUCACUUUCAUAUCUGGACAGAAGAUCGGCGUCAAAGUAUCAUUUGUUCGUACUUGUCAAUGUCUUUUUCGGAAGCAUCAUUACAGGAGCAGCAUUUCAGCAGCUUCAUAAAUUUGCUAAUCAGGCCCCAUCAGAGAUCCCUAAAACCGUGGGUGUUGCCAUUCCUAUGAAAGCCACUUUCUUUAUUACUUAUAUUAUGGUUGAUGGUUGGGCUGGCAUUGCAGCAGAGAUCCUUAGAUUGGUUCCAUUAAUCAUGUUCCACCUCAAGAACACAUUCUUGGUAAAAACAGAGCAGGACAGGGAGCAGGCGAUGGAUCCUGGUUCUAUUAAUUUUUCCACAUCAGAACCUCGUAUACAGCUAUAUUUCCUACUGGGGCUUGUCUAUGCGCCAGUCACACCUAUUCUUUUACCUUUCAUAAUCGUCUUCUUUGCCUUUGCUUUUAUGGUUUUCCGCCAUCAGAUCAUCAAUGUGUAUGACCAAAAGUACGAAAGUGGGGCAAGAUUUUGGCCAGAUGUCCAUCGUCGUGUGAUUAUUGGUCUGAUAAUAUCACAAGUUCUACUGAUGGGGUUAUUAAGCACCAGAGGUGCUCCCAAAGCAACACCAUUGAUACUCGUACUUCCUGUCUUGACCAUCUGGUUUCAUCGAAUUUGCAAAGGGCGCUUUGAGUCUGCGUUCGUGAAAUUUCCAUUGCAGGAUGCGAUGGUGAAAGACACAUUAGAAAGAGCUACGGAGCCAAACUUAAACUUGAGAGCAUACCUGCAGGAUGCUUACAUACAUCCUGUCUUCAAAGGAAUGGAGUUUGAGAGACCACCAGCAAUUGAUGAGGAGGAAAAUAAUCCACUUGUUUCUACCAAGAGAAAUUCUCGAAAAAGUAGCAAAACAGAUGAUCAAUUUCAGGGAGGUGUCGUUUGAUCAGAUUUAUCUACAGAUGCAUGAAAUUUGUGCAAGAUUCUGUACUCAUUGUUUAGUUGUAUUUAUCCAUAAACCUGAGAAUCACAGAAGCUAUAAAAUUGCUAUAGGAAAUAUACUUACUUCCCAUCCAUGUUAUGAGAACCUUUUAAUUUCUAAAUCUAAAGCCUAUUGGCAUGCUAGAAAGGAGUUUAUUUUUUUAACUUUCUUAUGGCAGUUGUAAUAUUUAAUUCUUUAUAGUCUCGGUUUCUGUAAUCCACAAUGCCGAUAGUUCAGA